AUUUGCAAUGGGUGGUAUUUGGUCUAUAAAUUACGGCAACACCACCCUGCAAAUCCUCUUCCACUUCUCCAUCUUCUUUCCCCUCUGAACUUUGAGUCUGAUCUGUUGCUCCGUCUUUAAUUCUGAUCCUUUUCAGGUCUUCUCCUCUAGAUCUAAGGCUCUGAAACUCUGUCACUAGAAAACCAUAUCCCUGAUCUAGAUCGAUCACAAGUUUUUUGAUGCAAAAAUAUGUCUUGUUCUUGAUUUUUGGGACUCAUGUCUCCGGUUGUUAGUGAAAUCCUCCUUUCUGGGUUUAUGAUCAACUCCACCCUCCGUCGCAGGACCCACUUGGUUCAGUCAUUCUCUGUUGUCUUCCUCUACUGGUUCUACGUUUUUUCAUGAAUUAAACUAGGUCGUCCCCUCUCUACCUAGACCUCAGAACUAGGCCUUCAUAAUAUAAUUCCUAUCCUAUAUAUAUAUUAUUAGAGUUAUUUUCAAAUAAUUAGCAUCUGGGUUCUUUGCUUUUUUUAUUAACAAGCAUAAUCCAGAAAGAAAAAUCUUGUUUUUGUUUAGCUUAAUAUAUUUCUGUUGUUGUUAGAAAGAUCUACCAUGGCUUCUUCUAGUACUGGAGCUUCCUUAGGAUCCAGCACGCUCCAGAACUCAGGGUCUGAGGGCGAUCUUCAUGAUCAUGUCAUGGAUCAAAGAAAGCGGAAAAGGAUGCUUUCCAACCGUGAAUCGGCGCGUCGAUCACGGCAGCGGAAACAGAAGCACCUGGACGAUCUGAUGACCCAAGUUUGCCAGCUCGCGAAGGAGAACAACCAAAUCCGCACAAGCAUGAACAUGACCUCUCAGGUCUACUUGAACAUUGAGGCUGAGAACUCCAUUCUGAGGGCUCAGAUGGCUGAGCUUAACCAGAGAUUAGAGUCUCUGAAUGAGAUCGUCAAUUACGUGAACUCAACAACUGGUCUUUUUGGGCUUGGGGACAGUACUCAGACGACCCAUGAUAAUAGCCUCCUGCAGCCAUGGAGCUCUCCCUAUAUGAACCAUCCCAUAAUGGCUUCUGCUGAUAUAUUUAUGUACUGAUGAUCAUCAUCUUGGUCUUCUGAAAUCUUGCUUCUUGGUGCAGGGUGUUGCUGCUGUUUUUCUUUGUUCUCCGUUUUGUUCUCUGCUGUUCUUAUAUAAGUCUAUUGUAUGGUUUCUAGUAAUUUCCUGUAGAACUCAAGGCCAAAACAAAGUGUGAGAUGAUGUUGAAAGAUCAUCAAUGUAAUUAGCAGAGAUCGAGUUGGCAUUUGGGUUCUUAAUUUGUAUGCAAUUAAUGGGUUAAUUAACUUUGAUAUUAAUCCAUUCAAUUAAUAUAUAGUAUUCAGCUUGAGUUUUAUCAAUA